CAACAAUUCUUCAUUUUUCUAAAAACGUAACUUGUUUAAAAUUAAUUUUCUACCGUUUUCUAUUUAUUGAAUCACAAUGUGGAUUCUGGAGAUAUCUGUGGGCCCUUGGAGACACUAUGUAUAUUAGAUAUGUGCGACCAAUUUACAAAUGGCGCGGACAAAUGUAAAGAGACGGCAUUCCGAUUUGCCGUAUUUCGAAUCCGUAGCAAGAAUCUCCAACCUGCCUAUCGUUGAAAACAGUAUACACAUAGCUGGAAGCAUGUACGAUAGAAUAAAACGUUCAAAUUCUUUAAUGAGCUGGAGUUUAUGCACCGCUGAACAAUCACUGGCGAUCGCAACGGCAUCCGCUAAACCUGCUAUUUAUGCUUUGAAUGGACCAAUUACAACAAUUGAUCAUUUGCUUUGCAAAGGUAUCGAUAUUGUUGAACAGAGAGUACCAGCCAUACAUCUCCCUCCACAUCUUAUAUACUGCAAUGCACGAGAAUAUGUGAGCAAUAAAAUCGUUAGGCCUGUCUUGAUGCGCGCCGGAAGUGUGAAGCAGAUAGGAAGUCAGGCUGCAAAUGUUGCAGCAGAUACAUUAGACGGUGCUCUGACUGUUGCGGAUAAAUAUGUUGAUCGUUAUUUGCCCGCUGAUCCUACUGACAAAGAAGAAAUUACUCCUUCUGAAUCAGUGAGCAGAACUACACGGACUAUUAAACAUGGCGCCAGCCUUUCAAGAAAAUUGCAAAAACGUCUAACGCGUCGUACAUUGGCGGAAGCUCGAGCCCUUAAAGAACAGGGAACAGAAUGCAUUCAUGUACUUUUAUAUGUGGUGGAACUGUUAGCAACGGAUCCGAAACUAGCCUACAAAAUGGCGAAGGAACUGUGGGCAACGUUAAGUUUACCCGAACCUGAAAACCAAGCUCGGCCAACCAAUCUGGAACAGUUAUUGGUUUUAUUGACCCGUGAAUCAGCACGCCGUAUCGUUCAUCUUGUGAAUGGAACAACAGCCUUAGCAGCAAGAACUCCGCGUGAUGUUGGCAGAAUUCUCGUUAAACUUUCACACCAACUACUUGCGGUUGCAGAAGCUACUUUAAAGAUGCUGCCUAUCAUUGGUAAAAAUGAUGCAGCAAAACAAAUUUCAGUGAUACGCUCAGCUGUACAGAGGCUUAACUCCACUACAAAUCAUUUGUUGGAACAGUUUGCAGCUUUUCUGGCUGGUCGUCCAACGGUUUCCAAAGUAACGCACGUUCCAAGUCAUCAACAGAAUCACAACAACCACAUGUCGAUGUCUUCUAACCCAUCACGAAAUGUAACAAUAAGAAAGACUACGGGAAGUCGUUUUCGAGUUUCCGGAAAUCCAAAGAUAAUGACGACGGAAGUUGCGCAGUUGCCUCACAUCGAAGUCUUUCAUCGUUUGUUAGAACUUCCGGUGGUGGAAAGUGCCAUAUCCAAAUCAGCGGCAACUUAUUCACGUGUGAAAGACUCUCAUCAACUGGUACAUUGGACUUUCACCACUGCAGAAGUUUCUUUGAGCACUGCGACUAACAAAGCUGUACCCACUGUUGCUCCUAUCGUGAAGAAACUCGAGAACCUCAUACACUUUGUCGACCACACGUUGUGCCUUGGUCUCGACAAAAUCGAAGAAAAAGUUCCAUUGGUCAAAGAGAAACCUGAGCAGAUUUUAGAAAAUGCGUAUAUGCUGGCACUGCAAACCCUUUCGAAUAUUUCGCUUGUUAAUCAUUUAAUUAUUUCGCAAGCGGUAAACUUGAGAGAUAAGAGUUGGGACAAAGCGAAUCAAAUUUUGGAAACGCAGUAUGGAAGUGCUGCUGUCAGAGGUAUCGAUAACACCGCUGAUAUUGUUGAUAAGCUGAUCGAUAAAUAUUUUCUUCCGACAGAAGAUGAAGAAGCAAUAGAAAAAAUGGCAGAAGCCAAGGAAGUCACAUGCAAUGUUGUGUCAGAAGAUACCCCACAUCUUGAAGUCCUAGAUCGUGUGAAAAAUAUUCCUGUUAUACAUUCAGCAAUCGAGAAAACAGGAUCCACAUAUUCUUAUUUGAAAGAUUCUAAUCAUUUGAUCAACUGGGCACUCAGUUAUGCUGAAUCUGGCCUUCACUAUGCUACUACUACGGCUGCUCCCAUUGCUGCACCUAUAGCUAAAAAAUUUGAAGGACAUAUCACUGCGGUAGAUCAGAAAUUGUGUGAAGGUUUAGAUAUAGUUGAAGAAAAAGUACCUAUUAUGAAAAAGCCUCCUCAACAGAUUUAUGAUGCAGCCAAAGCAGUAAUGAGCAGCUCCCUACAACCAACAAUUGAUAAACUGUACACUGCAAAAGAAUCAGCAACCCAACAAGCAUCUACGCUCAAAGAAAUUAGUAUAGUAAAGGCUAAUGAAUUGCUGAACACACAGUAUGGAAAUAUGGCUGUACAAGGUGUAGAUAAUACAAGUGUUCUCAUUAAUCGUUUAUUGGAUCGCUAUUUUCCACCAGUUCAAGGAGAAGAAAACAAACCUGUUCCGGUGUCGGCUGAUGAAAACAAAGUUUUACACGCAGUACAAACCAUUGGUCAAUUAUCAUCGAAAACUGCCAACAGAGUAUACCAUUCGGUCGCAGCACAAUUAAAAACAGUGAAAAAAGAAGACGUGACAUCGUACAUAUCUAAUGUUGUAUCUAUACUUCAUCUAACACAUUUCUUAAGUUUAAAUGACAAACAGAAUGAUAAGGAAGCACAAAGUCCAAUGGAGGGAAAUAAAGGAAACAAAUAAAUUGAUGAUUUAUUUGUGCUGAUUUUGAACAUGGUGAUCAAUCAGUGGGAUACAGUAAAAUUUCUCUAGUUGUCCUUUUGUUGCCCUGCUCAUAGUAUCCACCGGUUUCGUCCUACGUCUAGGUAUGUCUCAUCCAACAUUUAUAUUCUCUUCAUUGAAGUCAGUCACGCAACACGCGACGCGGCUUCUUUGGUAAGAGUUCAGUUUAUAAUAAAGAAAUAAGUUUCUUAA